AUGGCUUCAAGUAUUCACCACAUCUACAGUACCCUCUUUGUGUUUGUUACUUUCUUUUCAUUCAUGAUCAAUUGCUCCAUGGCUCAAGGUGGAACUACCGUCGCAACGUGGUAUGGAGAUCCCAAUGGUGCUGGAACCGAUGGGGGAAAUUGUGGAUAUGGCCCUGCAGUAGAGUAUGCACCAUUCUACAAAUACGUAUCCGCUGGAGGUUUUUCGCUGUUCAAAAAUGGCGAAGGAUGUGGAGCUUGUUAUAAGGUAAGAUGCACGUCAAAUCCGGCAUGCUCGGGGAACCCGGUAACGGUGACGAUAACGGAUUUUUGCCCGGGGAACUGCGGGGCCUAUCAGUUUGAUUUGAGCGGUACUGCCUUUGGAGCCAUGGCAGUCCCGGGCAAAGCCGAUCAAUUGAGGAGUGCUGGGAAGAUACAGAUUCAAUACGAAAGGACUUUUUGCUACUAUAAAGGUUAUACAAUAGUAUUCAAAGUCGAUUCGGGGUCGAACCCGUUCUAUUUUGCUACGGAGAUCGAAUACGAAGACGGAGACGGUGACCUGAGCAAAGUAGAGCUCCAGCAGGCCGGCUCCAACUAUUUCGCUCCCAUGCAGCUGGUAUUUGGUGCUACUUGGAAACUCCAGAGUAACACUGGCUCGCCGUUGAAAGGCCCAUUCUCUAUUAGGCUCACCACACUCAGCUCCGGCAAGAGCCUGACCGCCUACAAUGUCAUCCCUGCCGAUUGGAGGCCCGGCCAAACGUUCCGCUCCAACGUUAAUUUCUGAAAGGCUAGAUUAAUUAAUUGAUAGCUUGCCAAAUGUAUCUUACUGGCGCGAUUAUUAAAAACACAAACGUACGUAGUAUCUGUUUUGGUUGAAACGGGAAAAAAAUGAAUAAAUUGUACUUUCUUUGUGCUCGAACUUUUAUUGGCUUGGAGAGAACGUUAUUCAAUCGAAAGUAGUUGGGUUUAUUUGGUGUGUUUGAGAGAGAAUGUGCGUGUGUGUGAGAGAGGAGGAGGCUAGGGUGUGGGUGUAGGUAACUAUAUGGGAACAUUCUAAAUUUUUUAAAAUCUGCCGGUCAACUUGCGCAUCCAUCGAGUAAUUCCUGGCCCUAAAGUUAAUAAUUAGGCAAAAUUCCAGUCAUCCCAAGAUUUAUGAACAUUCUAAUUGGCUUCACAGGUGAAAUUGAUAUUGUAUGGCCCCAUAAACUCUCUCCGUUCUGAUUUCAUUGUCCUUUAUUCUAUUCUAACCGGUUAAAAAAUAAGUAGUAUAUUUUUGAAUCCAUUGUAAAUUUCAUAUCAAAUAUAGAUUUUGUUUGAUAGAUCUCGAUUAGUUCUAUAAUACAAUGUUUUCGAAAUCACAUAAAACAUUAUAAAUUACAAGAUAUAAUUGAUUGAAAAGUGGCAUGAACUUCUAAAAAUGACUAUUAAAUUCGGACAGAGGAGUAUUCAAAAAAUGAUUAAAGCCACGUAACAUAGUGAUUAUACCUAUAGACUCGUAUCGUGAGGGUAAAUAUUUGUGGACUCAUGCUGCCAUGCAUGCAUUGCUUCUUCUUUUUGUCAAUCAAUAGAAGAGAUCAUUUUAUAUCAUCAGAUAUGAAGUAUAGAAUACAAACCCGGGACUGCAAUAAUUGUGAGAGUCCACGCGAUAACCAAGCCCAAUAACUCAACCAAUACAAGAAAUAAGCACAUUAUAAGAUAGAAACAAAGAAAGAAAGCUCUUUAAAGGAAGAACACCCGCACGCAAUUGGAGAGACUCAAACUCUUGACCUCCUAUUGAGAUUGAAGACUCAUGCAAUGUUAUUAUAGGAAAAAAUUGGGGGUUUCCACACUCAACCACUAAUAUUAACCAAGUGAUCAUAGGCCCACAAAUGUUGAGCGUGGAAACUGCAAAUAAAAAAUCAGCCGUGCUACCCCACCGUUUUAUUUUUCCGCUUCCCCCACCACAGUGCUCAAUCGAUCAUCUGUUUCGAUAAUCAAUGAUUCGGAUUUUAAAACUCUUCUCUAGAAGAAUCUUUUAAAAUUUAAAUAGUCCAAAACACUUUAAAACGGAAAGCGGUGGGGUAGACUUUCUGGGAAAAAUAAAAAAGAAGCCAUCGCGGCAGAUUUUCCCGGAAAUUCUAGCAUUUUCCCUUGCCAUAUUUAGGUUGAUACUUAUUGACCAAGGUGGCAAAAACGAGUUGCAUUCAGGCUAACCACAAAAAAAAUACAAGGAUGUAGUAAUUAAUUAGCUUGAAAGCCACUUUAAUUAUAAAAAAAAAGAGAGGAGGAGUUUAACCAGAGAUACGCUUGAAACCGUUUG